GACAUCCCUUCAGCAGCUGCCCAAGUAGCGCUGGUAACUCGGGACUCACCAGCCGUGAGAGGACUAGCCACGCUUAAAAUAGACACAUCCCUUGGCUGUGCAGGCCCCCGGUAGCCCCUGGUGUCUACCCUCCCCGGCUGAGACGGACGCUGAGCGGCUGGAGGCCACAGACCUCCCCGAGAGGCAAGCCAGGCUCUCCUUGGUCCAGAAGCCCUGAGGGUGCCACCAUGGAGUCUGACCGCUGCUGAGCAGCCCCAGGCAGGAAGCGCGCAGCCAAGAAAGGUGGCCCCAGACGGUCACGGCCACCAUGGCGUCCACCAGCGGCGAGAGCCAGCUGCAGAGAAUCAUCCGCGAUUUACAAGAUGCUGUGACAGAACUAAGCAGAGAAUCUAAGGAAGCAGGGGAACCCAUCACAGAUGACAGCACCAACUUGCAUAAGUUUUCUUAUAAACUUGAGUACCUCCUCCAAUUUGAUCAGAAAGAGAAGGCCACCCUCCUGGGCAACAAGAAGGACUACUGGGAUUACUUCUGUGCCUGCCUGGCCAAGGUGAAGGGUGCAAACGAUGGGAUCCGAUUCGUCAAGUCCAUCUCGGAGCUCCGAACAUCUCUUGGAAAAGGAAGGGCAUUUAUUCGCUACUCCUUGGUGCACCAGAGGUUGGCUGACACUUUACAGCAGUGCUUCAUGAACACCAAAGUGACCAGUGACUGGUACUAUGCAAGGAGCCCCUUUCUGAAGCCAAAGCUGAGCUCUGACAUCGUGGGCCAACUCUACGAGCUGACUGACGUCCAGUUUGACCUGGCAUCGAGGGGCUAUGACCUGGAUGCUGCCUGGCCAACGUUUGCUAGGAGGACCCUGGCCACCAGCUCUUCCGCUUACCUGUGGAGACCACCCAGCCGAAGCUCAAGCAUGAGCAGUUUGGUGAGCAGCUACCUGCAGACUCAGGAGAUGGCCUCCAGCCUGGACCUGAGCAACCCCUUAAACAGCGAGUCCCUGGAGGGCUUUGACGAGAUGCGGCUGGAGCUGGACCAGCUGGAGGUGCGGGAGAAGCAGUUGCAGGAGCGGAUGCAGCAGCUGGACAGAGAGAACCAGGAGCUGAGGGCGGCCAUCAGCCUGCAGGGAGAGCAGCUACAGGUGGAGAGGGAGAGGGGCCGCGCCACUGCCGAGGACAACAGUCGCCUCGCGGACACGGUGGCCGCGCUCCAGAAGCAGUGGGAAGUCACCCAGGCCACGCAGAACACCAUGGUGGAGCUGCACACGUGCCUGCAGGCCCUGAAGCUGGGGGCUGCGGAGAAGGAGGAGGAUUACUGCUCGGCCCUGCGGCGGCUGGAGUCCUUGCUGAAGCCCCUGGCUCAGGAGCUCGAGGCCACCCAUGACUCCCCGCGCAGGAGGGACCAGGACAUCCCUGCGGCCGAUGUCCUGGAGCAGCCGGCCGCAGCCGAGAAGACGGCCGCUACGGCUCUGGAUGCCAAGGAGAGGGAAGAGCGCGCCUCCAGUGACUCGGCCCUGGAGACCCAGGAGCUGGCGGUGAGGCUCCAAGCCCUGGAAAGCGAGAAUCCCCGCGUCCAGGAGCUCAGCGGGCAGCAGGCAGCGCAGCUGGAUCUGCUGGCUGGGGAACUGCAGCUGAAGGAGGAGGCUGGGGCCUGCCUGGAGCGCCUGGUGGAGGAGACGGCCCUGCUGCGGGAAGAGCUGUCCCGCAAGGGGCAGGAGGCAGCCCAGCUCCGGCGCCAGCUGCAGGAGUCUCUGGGCCACUUGGGCUCCCUGGAGGAGGAGCUCGCACAGGCGAGGCGUGAGGCGCGGCGGUGGCUGGAGGAGAAGGAGCUGCUGGAACAGGAGGCCCGCUCACUGACACGGCAGCUGCAGCUCCUGGAGACCCAGCUGGCCCAGGUGAGCCAGCACGUGAGUGACCUGGAGGAGCAGAAGAAGCAGCUCAUCCAGGACCGGGACCACCUCAGCCAGAAGGUGGGAACACUGGAGCGACUUGCUGCACAGCCAGGUCCAGCUCUGCCCGGCGCCGCUGGGAUGCUUGAAGCUCCGAACUCUGCCCCACAGCAGGCCUGCGAGACACCAGAGGAGAAACAGCAGGGCCUGCGGGAGGGACAGACAGACGAUCCCAGGGUGCACAGGGCCGGCCAGGAGGACCAGCUCCAGCAGGCCCACAGGGAGCUGGAGAAGGAGCUGCAGAAUAUAGCUGAGCGCAACCACAUUCUGGAGGAGAAACUUCAGGCCCUGCAGGCUGAUUACCAAGCGCUGCAGCAGCGGGAGGCGGCCAGCCAGGGCUCCCUGGGCUCUCUGGAGUCAGAGCAGACGGAGGCAAUCCUGCGGGCCCACAUGGCAGAGAAGGAGGCUGCCCUGCGGAGCAAGGAGGCCGAGACCCGGGACGGGGAGCUCCAAGCUCUUGAGGGCCAGUGCCAGCAGCAGACCCAGCUGACUGAGACCCUCAGGGCAGACGGAGGCCAACAGGGUCUCAGCCCCCCUGAAGACCAUGCGCUGCAGGAGCUGGCCGCCCAGCUGGCCCUGUCUCAGGCGCAGCUGGAGAUCCAUCACGGGGAGGCCCGGCGACUCCAGGCCACGGUGGUGGAGCUCCAGGCCAAGCUGCAGGCCGCCCUGGGGGACCAGGAGAAGGUGAAGAGCCAGCUGAGCGUAGCUGAGGCUGCUCUGACAGAGCACAAGGCCCUCGUGCAGCGACUGAAGGAGCAGAACGAGGCCCUCAACAGGGCCCACGUCCAGGAGCUGCUGCAGUGCUCGGAGCGUGAAGGGGCGCUGAGGGAGGAGAGGGCCGAAGAGGCAGAGCGGAGGGAGGAGGAGCUCCAGAUCCUGCGGGAGGAGCUGUCCCGGGCCAGGUGCAGCUCCGAGGAGGCCCAUCUGGAGCACGCCGAGCUGCAGGAGCAGCUGCACCGCGCCAACACAGACACGGCGGAGCUCGGCAUCCAGGUCUGUGCGCUGACUGUGGAGAAAGAGCGGGUGGAGGGGGUGCUGGCCCACACUAUUCAGGAGCUUCAGGAGGCCAAAGAGGCAGCCUCCAGGGAGCGGGAGGGCCUGGAGCACCAAGUGGCAGGGCUGCGGCGAGAGAAGGAGAGCCUGCAGGAGCAGCUGAGGGCGGCUGAGGAGACAGCUGGCUCGCUUCCUGGCCUGCAGGCCCGGCUGGCCCAGGCUGAACAGCACGCCCAGAGCCUCCAGGAGGCCUCACGCCAGGAGCUCGACACCCUCAAGUUCCAGCUGAGCACCGAGAUCAUGGACUACCAGGGAAGACUGAAGACCUCCAGUGAAGAAUGCAAGAACCUCAGGGGCCAGCUGGAGGAGCAGGGUCGGGAGCUGCAGGCCACCAAGGAGGCCGAGGGGAAGCUGAAGGCUGCCCAGGCGGAUGUGCAGGAGAAACUGAGCUGCACCAGCAAGCACCUUGCCGAGUGCCAGGCUGCCAUGCUGAGGAAGGACGAGGAGGGGGCCACCCUGCGCCAAGACUUGGACAGGACCCAGAAGGAACUUGAAAGAGCCACCACAAAGGCCCAGGAAUAUUACAACAGACUCUGCCAGGAGGCGGCAGACAGGGAGAAGAACGACCAGAAGAUGCUCGCUGACCUGGAUGACCUGAACAGAACCAAGAAGUACCUGGAGGAGCGGCUGAUAGAGCUGCUCAGGGACAAGGAUGCUCUCUGGCAGAAGUCAGAUGCCCUGGAAUUCCAGCAGAAGCUCAGUGCUGAGGAGAGAUGGCCCGGGGACACGGAGGUGAACCACUGCCUCGACUGCAAGCGGGAGUUCAGCUGGAUGGUGCGGAGGCACCACUGCAGGGUAUGCGGCCGCACCUUCUGUUACUACUGCUGCAACAACUACGCCGUGAGCAAGCACAGCGGCAGGAAGGAGCGCUGCUGCCGGGCCUGCUUCCGGAAGCUGAGCGAGAGCCCCGGGUCUCCCAGCAGCAGCAGCUCAGGCACCAGCCAGGAGGAGCCCAGCCCCACGCGAUCCCCAGCCCAGGCCACCGGAGGCCAAGGUGCAAACACAGACUGCCGGCCGCCGGAUGACGCCGUGUUUGACAUCAUCACAGACGAGGAGUUAUGCCAGAUACAGGAGUCCGGCCCCUCCUUGCCUGAAACACCUACUGAGACUGAUUCUCUUGACCCAAAUGUGGCCGAACAGGACACCACGUCCACCUCGCUCACCCCUGAGGAUGCUGAAGACAUGCCCGUGGGGCAGGAUUCUGAAAUCUGCUUGCUGAAGUCGGGAGAACUGAUGAUAAAAUUACCCCUCACGGUGGAAGAGAUCACCAACUUCGGGGAGGGCAGCAGGGAGCUGUUUGUGAGGUCCAGUACCUACAGCCUCAUCCCCAUCACCGUGGCCGAGGCAGGCCUCACCAUCAGCUGGGUCUUCUCCUCCGACCCCAAGAGUAUCUCCUUCAGCGUGGUCUUCCAGGAGGCCGAGGACACGCCGCUGGAUCAGUGUAAGGUGCUCAUUCCCACCACCCGCUGCAAUUCCCACAAGGAGAACAUCCAGGGCCAGCUCAAGGUCCGCACACCAGGCAUCUACCUACUCAUCUUCGACAACACCUUUUCCAGAUUCGUCUCCAAGAAAGUCUUCUAUCACUUAACUGUUGACCGGCCUGUGAUCUACGAUGGAAGUGAUUUCCCGUAACCUCAAGUACCUGGAUUUUGCUAGUUUCACAUUACCCACAGGAAACACUACUCCUCCUCACUUGUCACGUAAAGCACCUAAAAAACCCAGAAAACAAAAAAUAGCUGCUCUGAAGCUAUCAGUAUCCACUAUGCAACUUUAGGAGAUGGCCCCUUGGCUGCUCAUCAGAGCCGCGUUGCUCCGAGUGCCGUGUACUCAGCGCUGCACACCACUCUUAGCCCAUGGCUCGUAAGGGCUCAAGUGACGUUUUCCACUGUCCUCACACCCGGAGGGAUGCUAUGCCAAAGGUUUAAACACUCAGGAGAUCAUUGGCCUCUCCAGGGGGGCGCAGUUGGCUCCAGGCCUCCUGUGAAGAGUUUCCUGGGUCAGAAGGGUCCCGACUUCCGCCCGUGGAGAGACACAGCCCCCCUGUGCCCAGCCAGGCAUCACAGGUGACCAUGAGCUGGAAGGCCUGGCCAGACCCUGUGGGGCCCUCGAGUCCUCCCUGGGAAAGGACGUCAGGGCACCUAGGGGCCCGCCUGAGAUCCCAUCCAGCUUCCUCCAUCAUGCUCCUGUCCCCUCCUGCCCGGGGAGUGCAGGGCUGCUCAGAGGGGCCGCCAGCUGCACUUUUCUCCUGGCCCUUCUAUCUGGGCAAGUCUGUCCUAGAGCAAAGCCCUCCCCUCAGCUGGGCCUCUCAACAGCUCAAAAUACGACCCUAAGAAUCAGAAGUGAAGCUAAUCCAGGAAACAGAACCCACCUAUUGAGGGCCUGCAGUGCAAUCUACGUCCAGAUGGCCAGAGCCCAGAUGCUGGGUAACAUCCACACCAUGACCAAAAGGCUGGACACAUCAGCCUGUGGGGCUCACUUCUCAGCCUGUCUUUGUUUAUAUUGACAAGAGCUUCUGCAGAUACGUUUACUAAUGAUCAUAGUCAGGGUAGGAACCACUUUUAGAAGUCGAGGGCUUCUUAAGAGAAGUCUUUGCUAACUCAAGUAUAAACGGGCAUAAUUCAUGAAUCGGCUCUUUGCUCACCUCUCGGUCCCUCCUCCCCACCUGCCUAGGUUCCCCGCACCCCUUUUGCCCACUUCCUGCUGCUCAGCCUGCAGCUGACACCUGGGAGCAAAUGAAUCCUCUGUCCUUUUCCGGGACAAGAAGCAGAUGAUCUUCCUGUUCUCUGUGGCCCUUUUCUCCCACCACAGAGAGCUCACCUUUGACGGCCUCUCUGUGCCCUGUUCACAGGGCACUUGGGACCCAGGUCCUUCCGCAGUGAGCAGAGAUCUGACCAAGCAGCCCACCUUAGCUGUGGUCAGGGGAGAGGGUAUCUGGCAAGGCGACUGCGGGUCCGAAUACCCCGCCAGCCCUUCAGCUGGCCCGGUGACUAAGCCGAGUCACACCACAUCGAAGCUUCAUCUCAUCAUUCACGAGCCUGAUCUGACUGGUUUUGGGAACUGACGAAUGGGUCAAGAAUCCUUGGCCAGGUUCAGUUCAGACCCCAUACCCCCCAGGCGCCAGCAGAGGUAAGAGGAAAUGACUUUAGCAGUGGACUCAGAACUUCCAUUUAAACAGGAGACAUAGGCACUUCCAGGCACUUUAAGUGGGGCUUGAGACAUGGUGAACAGAACCUUCCAGAAAAGAGCUGGCCCUCUCAUGCGCUCUUUCCUGGGAGCAGCCGCCUGUGGCAGAAAGCCGAGAGUCUCUAGCAUCUCAUUGAGCAAGGUCUUGAUGGUGCUUAGCACCAAAACAGAAAUGGCCAGGCGCCCAGAGACUUCCUAGACUUAAUGCUUGUCCUUACAGGGUGCCGCACUGCUUGAAAGCAAACUACCCUGCCUUUAAAUCCAUCUCCCCCUUGAAGAGGAUAACCAGAUGUAGCUGGCUCACCACUUGAGAGAAACAAAAGACCCUGAAGCAUCUGGAAUCUCGGUUUGAGUGCUUAGCUUUCCCAGGAUACCCUGGAGACAUGGCCAAGCAGGCGGCCCUCUUGGCCCUCAUCUCACCACUAUCACCUGCAGCUCGAAUCUGCAUUUCUCGAGUAGCUGAUGUGUUUCCUGCCGAAGGCCUGAAACAUUCCAUCUGAGGCUUGUUCUGAACCUCUGUGACACGACCCAGCAGGGGACCAACUGCAGCUUAAAAAAAUCCCGUGGCUCUUGUGAAGCCAACCCAGAGGCACUGCUGCAGGAGCCCGCGGGCCCCUUGUGCCAGCGCUGCAGACAGUGAUGGCAGUGAGCGCAAAAGCCUUCGCCUGCCCAGCGCGGCCCCACCCUGCCGCUGCAGCGCAGUUAUUUUUUUGUGCUGAAUGGACUCUUGUUCUUCGUUAGUUUGCUGUGGGAGCUCGGGUUUGAUGUGCAGCUAGAGUUCAUCUUGGCAUAUUUAAGUAUGGCUUGUAUAAACUGCUUUCUUAUUUUAAACAAGUCCCCAACUUUACUGAAGUUUGGGGGUUGAGGUAUUCUUUUUACUGCAAACAAUAAUGAAAAACAGCUAUUGAAAGUGGUGGCCCCAGCCAGUAGACUGAAUUAACACUAAAAGUCAACAAGUAGGAAACAUUCUUGGGAUCCCAGAUCACUAUCUUAAAAAAAAAAGAAAAAUCCCCCAGCAGCCUCUUUGGGGGCUGGCCAAGCUCUCUGAAUAACUUGCUGUUUAGUAUUGAUUAGUACCAGCCGCCUUGCUCACCAAUGCCUUGGAAGCCACUGAUCACCCUCGCCCGGGAACACGGCCUCUGUCAGGCACCCUCAUCCAUCGCCAGCAAGCAUGUUUGGGAGAAAGCGUAGCCCCUGCAGAGCACUUCUGGCUGGAGCCCACCUACUCCACAUCCGCUGGACCAAGAGCAGGCAAGGAAAUUCUCAAACAGGAAUCUGGAACUGAAACACUACAUCGGGUCUGAAAAGUAUGAAUGCACAGCCACACUAGAUAAAUCAGAGAUAAAGGAGAUGGUUUUUUAAAAUUAUUUUCAGUUGUCACUCACCUUCAGUGGUGAAGCCGUUCCAGACUCAUCUGAAAAGAAAUCCCCAUUUGGGGAUGAAAUCUCAGAGUCUGUGUUUUAUCAUUCUGGUUAGCUGUCCACCAUACGUUUUUAUAGGAGUUUCAGUUUUAGAAGCCCAUCUUGGUGACUCCACCUUGGAGAAUCCCAACCUCAGCUCAGAGGUGUUGAGAAUGAGGGCAGAGCUACCCUCUGCAACGCUCAGAAUCAAGGGUCACCCAGCACAGAGAAUGUAGAGCCAGCCAUCUACGUUUACAAAACACUUACCCAAAAGGUUCUUCUCAGUGGAACCCUGGGUGAAUUUUUCUCUGUUGUGGUGCUUCCAAGGAAACAAAGACAGUUAAUAAUGCCUUUUCUCUCUUAAGCACUUUUUCAAAAUAACAGUACAUCUUUAAAUUUGAGGAGGCAUUUCUGACAAAAAGACUUCUCAGAACCUGAGGACAAGGGCUGUCCAGAGAUGCUCCUGUCCCCCCAUGGCUGCAGAGCAACAGUGAAGCCUCAGUUGGGUGGCUUCCAAAUCAGAAUUGCACUUUAAUAGACCAAUCCUCAAUGCUCGCGGCCUUACGGGGUAGUGAGUCUGAGAACCUAACUUUUUUAUCUGCCAAAGAAUUACCAGAAGCACAUCAAAUGCCAACUCUCCACCUGCCCAGUGGGGGUGAGGAACUUUUGUAUCCCAAAACAUAGUCCGUAUAGCAUCUGCUGCACCAUUUGGGAAUGUCUUAUUUUUAAUCUCAGGAUUUAAAUAAACACUAUGACAUUGA